GCAGCCACGGGGCUCUCCCCGCGCGGGGUGGGCGUUGCUGUCCCGAGGAACCGACAGCCGAGGCCGGGGGAGGGGGUCGGGGAGCCACCAACGACUGGAAACAGAUCCGGCGUGGCCACGACCCUGUCGAGUGGAGACCCAGAAAGCCGGGCUGGGCUGGUGUGGAUUCCAGCCGGAGAGCCACUCGGCUGGGAAUAGACUGCGGCUCCCGCCUGGGGCGGACGCGGCGAGGCGCAGGCCGCGGCUGCCCUUCCCUCCAGCCGUCCUCUCAGUCCGCGGGGCCCGGGAUUUGUGACGCCCUCGUGCUCCGGGUCCUGCAGCCCGUGUUUUCGGUGAUCGUGUCGGACACUCGCAUCUUACAGGCGUGGCGCCUGAAGCGUGGAGGAGACGGGUUUGCCCUCACAGCUAACACGGGGCUUGGGCCGGUUUGUCUCCCAAGCUAGCGCCUUUAACCCCCUCUCCCCCACGCCCGGUAUCCAUGGCUUUCUUGGGUUGGGGGCCAGUGGUGAGGCGGAGGCCUGGCCUUUUUGGGUAGCGCUGAGGCUGCGGUGGGGCCUCAGGAUCUGGGGUUAGACUGGGUUGACAUUUACCCACCGUCUUGGUGGGCAGCCCCUCGUGAACACCCACCGGGAAGGUGGGGGGUCCAGGUAGAAAGCUCAGGACUUGGACUAUGACUCUGACCUCCUUCCUACUGGCCAUUACUCUCAAGGAGCAGCAAGGGAAAGGGGUGAAGGAACGAAGUAAAAAUGAAGCUGUCUUCAAAACACAAGUUGCCUUUUCCUUUAAGGCUGGGCUUCCAGAGCAAAAUAUACUUUCCCUGGCCUGUCUGGAGGAAAUGGCAGCCUUGAACCUGUCAGUGGUUUCCUCUAGGUCUGCACAUCUGCUGGCUUUUAGCUGAGUUCACUUUAUAUGCUUAGAAACCUUUCAGGUGUAAAUGAUUACUCCAGAGCAGGAAAGAGGGGCUGCUGCUGGGGCAGCUGAUGGUGCCAGUUGCAGGGUUCCUUUGUUCUAUCCCGUUCAUGUGUGGCUUCUAUCAGAGCCUCCAGGAGGGAGAGCUCCUGCCAAGGGCAGGGGAGGAUACUUCAUUUUGUUGUGUGUUGUUUUGGGCUCCUGAAUUUGUUGUUCUUUGGAAUCUCCUCUGUUAGUGCCUUAUUCUCCCACCCUUCUCUCUUCCCAGCUUCCUUCCUCUUUGAGGCUUUCCAGAUCAGCGGGUGCUUGUUGAAUCAGACACUGCUGUGUGCCGGGUGCUGUUCUAGAUGGUGGGGUGUGUGCAGCAGUGAACAGUUUCGCCUUUGGGGAGCUUAUUUCCCAGUGAUAUUAGUGCCUGUCACCUGGUCAGCCUGUGUUCCAGGGGACAGUUGUCAAAUGCCCUCCGUGGGUCCAGCUCUAUGCCAUGAGACAGAAGGAUAUGCCUAAAGCUGUGGUCAUAGGUUUAGAUUUCAUAGGGACUGUGGGCUUUGUCCUUGUUCACUAGGGACUUUGUCCCUGCACAUUGUGCCUUCUGCACUGGGUGACCAGCUCUCCUUUGUGUUGUGUGUGGGAGCAGAGACCCAGCAGUCGGAUCAUAUGAGCGUCCAUCCACUCCACCUAUGCUGAUCAUAGCCGUAGAGUGGCCAAGAGACAUUCACAGGGUUUUGGUACCUGGCAGAGUGCAGAGCAGCACACAUGGGGUGCAGGAGGGUGUGCAUCUCUGUCUGGGGAGCUUGGUACCUGUCCUGGAGCAGGCGUCUGCUAUUAUCUGCAGGCUUGUGUGCCAGAUGAGAACUCUUGGCUUCUGACCUCUAGUGUGAUUUGGAGGCAGGCAGAAGUCAUGGAUAUAGACGCGGAAAGAGAGAGAAUCACAAAGGAGAUCAAGGAGCUGGAGAGGAUUUUGGAUCCCAGCUCCUCAGGGGUCCCUAUGGAAGUGUCAGAAUCAAGUCUGGAUUCAGAUUCUGAAGCAGACUCGCUGCCUGGUGAGGACUUGGACGCUGCCCAUCCCCCAGUCUUGAUUCCUGCUCAUAACCAGGAAGAAGAGAGGUGGACUGAAGGCAGCAAUGAUGAGGAUGAUCCCAGGGAUAAAACCCUCCCUGAAGACCCAGAGACCUGUCUACAGUUGAACAUGGUCUACCAGGAAGUCAUCCGGGAGAAGCUGGCAGAGGUCAGCUUGCUGCUGGCCCAGAACCGGGAGCAACAGGAAGAGAUCAUGUGGGAUCUGUCUGGGCCCAAAGGCCCCAAGGUGAAAGACAGCAAGAGCCUGCCCCCAAACAUGUACGUAGGGCACUUCAUGAAGCCAUACUUCAAGGACAAGGUCACCGGAGUGGGGCCUCCUGCCAACGAGGAAACUCGGGAGAAGGCUGCCCAGGGGAUCAAGGCUUUCGAAGAGCUCCUCGUGACCAAGUGGAAAAGCUGGGAAAAAGCCUUACUCAGAAAGUCGGUGGUGAGCGACCGCCUACAGCGUCUGCUGCAGCCCAAGUUACUCAAGCUUGAGUACUUGCACCAGAAGCAGAGCAGAGUGUGCGGUGAGCUGGAGAGACAGGCCCUGGAGAAGCAGAUUCAGGAAGCUGAAAAGGAAGUCAAAGGCAUCAACCAGCUCCCAGAGGAGGAUUUGCUGGGAAACAGGCUGGACAGCCAUGACUGGGAGAAGAUUUCCAACAUUAAUUUUGAAGGUGGCCGUGGCGCAGAAGAGAUCCGCAAGUUCUGGCAGAACUACGAGCACCCAAGCAUCAACAAGCAGGAGUGGAGUGGGGAGGAAGUGGAGCAGCUGAAGGUGAUCGCAGCCUCACAUGGUCACCUAGAGUGGCAGAAGGUGGCGGAGGAGUUGGGGACUGGCCGCAGCGCCUUCCAGUGCCUACAGAAGUUCCAGCAGCACAACAAAGCCCUGAAGCGCAAGGCGUGGACAGAGGAGGAGGACCGCAUGCUCACCCAGCUGGUGCGGGAGAUGCGUGUCGGGAGCCACAUCCCCUACCGCAGAAUUGUCUACUACAUGGAAGGGAGAGACUCCAUGCAGCUGAUCUAUCGAUGGACCAAGAGCUUGGAUCCUAACCUGAAAAGGGGAGUCUGGGCCCCAGAGGAAGAUGCUAAGCUGCUCCAAGCUGUUGCCAAAUAUGGGGAGCAGGAUUGGUUUAAAAUCCGAGAAGAGGUGCCAGGUAGGAGUGAUGCCCAGUGCCGAGAUCGGUAUCUCAGAAGACUGCAUUGCAGCUUGAAAAAGGGACGAUGGAAUUUAAAAGAAGAGGAACAGUUACUUGAUUUAAUAGAAAAAUACGGUGUCGGUCACUGGGCAAAAAUAGCUUCUGAACUACCCCAUCGGUCAGGCUCCCAGUGUCUAAGCAAAUGGAAGGUCAUGACUGGGAAGAAGCAGAGUCUGCAGAGGAGGCGGCGGAUACCCCGUCGCCGUCCCCAGUGGAGCUCCAGCUCCAGCUCUAGUAGUGGUGAGACCAGUGGUGGCAGCAGCAGAGACACCAGCAGCAGUGAGGAGUCAGAGGCGGAGCUGGAGCAGUCCCAGGAGUGUGGCAGUGUGCCACUAUCCCCACAGUAUGUGGUGCCGGACAUGGAUCUGUGGGUUCCUACCAGACAGAGCACCAGCCAGGCCUGGAGAGGAAGAAUGGGAGGCUUCCCAGGAUACCCUGCUGCCUCCUCUGACCAUCCCCAGGGGUCCAGUGCCACCCAAGCUGGCGGCAAGGAAGCUCCAGGUGAGGAGGUGAGCCAGGCACAGGCUCCCUCCAGGACCAACAGCACUGCCCUGAGGGGUGUGCAGUGCUCACACUCAGCGGACACUCACCCAGCGAGCUCAGAGGGGCUGGCCCUCAAGGAUGGGAAACUUCUGAAGAAGGUGCCCCUAGAGACCGUGCUGAGGGUGCUCAGGACCAACACAGCCACUUGGAGCCGCACACUGAAAGAGAAGGUAAGGCAGCCGCCUCUGCCCAGCUCAUCUCUGGGGGCCAGCCCUGGCAAUACCAUGGCCAGGUCCCACAUGCGGCAGCUGUGGCGUGGAACCUUCCGGAAUGGACGGCAGCGCUGGAGACAUGUUCUGCACCGGAGGCUCCUUGACCGCAGGCUUCUGUUGGCCGUGACCCCUUGGGUGGGUGAUGUCGUCCUGCCCAGUGUGCAGCCUCCCCGGACGACUGCUGCAGCACCGACCCACGCCGAUGGCCUCAGGAGGCAGCUGCAGCACGCGCACCUGACCAGCACUCCGGUGUUCACCCUGUUCAUUCAGCUGCUCCAGAUCGAUACUGCUGGCUGCAUGGAGGUCGUUCGAGAGAGGAAGGUCCAGCCUCCCAGGCUGCUCCAGGCUGGACCUCAGGAUACCCCACCGCAUCUUCUGCAGGCACCUCCGAGCGCCCAGGGCACUUCAGGCUGCCUUUUACCAGAUGCAACAGUUCAGAAUGCUAUAAAGACUGCCACCCACAGAGGGAACAGAGGGCUGGGGUCCUGCCGGGCAGAGCGUGCCCCCCAUCAGGUGCCACCACCUUCUCUGUGUGGCCCUCGGCCCAAACCCAAGACCGUGUCAGAACUGCUUCGGGAGAAGCGGCUUCGGGAGGCCCGUGCCAGGAAGGCAGCCCAGGGCCCCACAGGGCUCCCGCCUCGGCUGCUACUCUCACCACCGGUGGUCCUCCAGGCCCCCCUUCCCCCAGGCCCCCAUGGUCCCUCAGUCUCCAGUUCUGCCAUCUCAAACCUAGCACCCUCUGGGCUGGGGGUCUCUGCAGUGGCCAGUCUGAGUACUUCUGCCUCCCAGCAAGGGGUUGGGACCGCAACCAACGUCCAGGGAUCUCCCACACUGCAAACCCUACCCUGUGGGGUUCCAUCUGGGGCCCCUGCCCUGGGCCCAGGCCAGGUCCCCAUGAGCUGCCACCUGAAUGGUCUUGGACAAUCUCAGGCCCCUACCACAUCCCGUAAGCAGGGCCUGCCAGAGGCACUGCCCUUCCUCCCUGCAGCCCCCAGCCCCACUCAGGUGCCCAUGCGGCCCCUCAGCCUGACACACAGGGUUGGGCCACAAGUGGCAGCCAAUGUCCCUUUGCCUGUCAGCUGGGUGCUCACAGCCCAGGGGCUGCUUCCUGUGUCUGUGCCAGCUGUGGUGGGCUUUCCUAGACCAAUAGCGACCCCUGACCCCACAGGGCUGCCAGUGACUGUGCUGCCUUCCCCGCCUGAGACUUUGACAGCCCAGGGACCCAGAGCCAGUAUGGACACAAGACCAGACCCUUCCUCCAGUACAGGCCCCUUGGCUUCUCCCACACACUCCUUGUCACAGAGCCCUGCAGAAGUGGAUGGUGAUACGGCCUGUGUGCCCAGGACACCUCCCCGGGCUGACCACCCUGAAGCAGAGACCCCUCAGUCCAGCCAGCUGCCUGUCUGUGGUGGUGCUGGCUCCAGGAGUGAGCCAGGAGGGAUGCUGGGGUACCCCUCAGGGACACGGGAGCCCAAGGGGCCUCAGCCUGGGCUGGAGAAGGGUUCCCUGGACCUGAGCCUGAUCUCCCAGGACAGUGAGGUGGCUACACGGGAGUGGCUGCGGGGACAGCAUGGGGUGUGUGUACCCCCACUAGGGAGCAGGCUGCCCUACCAGCCCCCUGCAAUGUGCAGCCUGCGAGUAUUGUGCGGCCUCCUGCUCCAUAAGAAGGCCUUGGAGCAUAAGGCCACUUCCCUGGUGGCUGGUGGAGCAGCCAGGGGUGAGGCUGAGCCUCAGGUAGGAACCCUGCAGACCUCUCUCGGGCUGGUACGGAGACAGCUCUGGGACAACCCUGCAUACCUCCUGUUGAAAGCCCGGUUCCUGGCAGCCUUCACCUUCCCUGCAUUCCUGGCCACCCUGCCCCCGCAUGGCGUUCCCACCACCCUCUCAGCAGCAGCCACGAGGGUGGACUCAGAGAGUGAGGACGAGGACCUAGGCCAGGCGGAGCCUGCAGACAAGCAUGGGCAGGGAGGCUCCAUGGCAGCUGCAAGCCCUGUUCAGCAGGCCCUAGACUCUGGUGAGGGCUCUGCCCCCUCCAACCUAGACGUCGACGACCUGGAUGUACUCAGAACCCGGCAUGCUCGGCACCCAAGGAAGCGGAGGCGGCUGCUGUGAGCAGCAGGGCAAGGACACCCCAAAAGCCACAGCUGCAGUUAAGGAAGAGGCAGGGCCCCCAUCUGCCCCACAGCUGCCAUCACCCUACAGAAGAAAGUGGCCAGAGGCCCAGAGAGCUGCCAUCCACUGACUGAUCUCUGUCCACAGUGGGUAAGGGGAGGCCCUCAAAGUGACUGUCAUCACUGGGUUUCCUUGGGCAAACCUGAGCAUCUGAAGAAAUAAAGUUCUACUUUUUAAUUAAAAAGCAA